UACUCACUACAUGACCCAUAGUGCACUGCGCUUGUUUUACGUUCUAUUUUACGACUUUGUCAAACGAUUUCUGACGUGACGUAACCAUGGUCUACUUCUAGUUUACGGUCCAAGUACUUCCACCCCCGUGCAAGUGGAGCGAAAAUGUUCAAUAAAAAGCCCCGCAGGAACUUUCGGCAGAGAAAAGAGAACUCAAGUGAUGAAGAGGACGAGCAGAAGAAUAGGGGAAAUGGAGAGGAAGGUGAUAAAGCUCCAGUUGUGGUAAAUAAGCCGCUCAGUGUUUCCCACGGCCGCGGCAUCUCUUGCAGCUCCAAGCGUGAAGCGACUCCUUCCAAGCCGGACAGCAGUGACGGGGAAGACGAUAAGACGUUGGGAGUGACAGAAGAAAUACAAGAGAGGAAAAAAGACAAAGAUGCGAUUAAGAAGAAAGCAAACUCCACCCUCAGUUUCUCUGACGAAAAAGAAGCUGAGGAGCCAACAUUUAAACUGAAGAAAUCCUCUGAUAAAGCUGUUGUCUUCCAAGUAAGGAAGAAGGAGGCUUCACCUGCUAAGACCAUCCAGAGCACAACCCCUGCAGGUGGAAGUGUCGCAUCAUCUGGUUCUUACAGGCAAAAUUAUGACAGUCAGGCUUCAUCACAUGGUAGUGAUGAUGACGAUCAUGAUGAUGAUGAUGACAGCGAUGAUGAUAAAGGUGGUGUCGGGUCUCCAUCAUUCAGUCCAGCGUCAGACUCCAGCCACUCCGCUACUAAAACAGUACUUAUUCCUAAUUCUGAAGAGAUCCGAGCAGCCAGGAGGAAGCGUCGUGCUGCUCGAGCCCAGAAAGAGUUCAUUUCCCUGGGUGGAGAUGGCCAGAGCUCCCAUGGCAGCACCCCUGAUCACUACAGCAGAGGGGAUGACGAAGACAGGGUUGAUGAUGAUGAUGAGCAGGAUGAUCAUGAGAGAAGAAUAGAGUUCGCCCCACGAUUAAAGAGCAUCAGGGAGAGAAUUGCAGAGAAACUUGGAGGAAGUGAUGGCAGCCUCUCAGGGACUGAUGAAGAUGAGCAGGAACUGUGGGAGGAGACACAAAUUGGGAAGGGAGUCAAGAAACGUCCAGGAGAACAGAGCCCAUCUGGCAGUGAAUCCAGCAGCUACAGCACCAGCAGUAGCAGCAGGCAAGACAGACAAAGACAAAAGAAGAGGCCAGCAGGAGUCAGAAUCCCAAAGACUCUUCCUCCCAUCAGUGUCUCAGUGGUGAAGAAAAGGAUCACUGGAAAACUAGACUCCUUAAAGGAGGUGCACAGAGCACGGCAGGCAGAGCUGAGAAGGAUGGAGGGUGAUGUUGAGAGCGCAAAAACCUCUGUGGAGACUCUGGAGGAAAGUUCCUCAGAGAACCAGCUGAAGUUUUACAGGGCCAUGAUCCUCUAUGUCCACAACCUGGUGGAGUGUCUACGGGAGAAGGUUGUUGAGAUCAACUCAUUGGAGCUAGAGUUGCACACUCUGCUGGCUGACCACAUGGAGGAGCUGGUGGCUCAGAGACGACAGAGGAUCAAGGAUCAGGCUGACUACCUGCAGCAGCUCAGCUAUAGCACAGAUGAGCAGGGUGGAAACACAGCAGAUGGAUCAGAAGGUCAAGUUGAAACAGUUUGUGGUGUUAAAGCUGAGGAAGACUUUGAUAUACCUGAAGACACACAGCUUUCAGCAGAAGACAAGGAGCAGCUGCAGAGGAAGAAAGAUGAUAUCCUGCUAAGGUCCCAGGCAGUAUUUUCUGAUGUCCAGGACGAGUUCUGCGACGUAAAGAAGAUUCUUUUCCGCUUUGUGGAGUGGAGAGGAUCUUACGCUGACUCUUAUCACAGUGCCUACAUCUCUCUUUGUCUGCCUAAGCUGUUGAACCCCAUCAUAAGACAUCAGCUACUGGCAUGGAACCCACUAAAGGAUGCUAGUGGGGACUUUGAAAACCUUCCAUGGUUCACAGCAGUGGAGACCUUCUGUCAUGGCCAUGGCCAUGAGGAGCUAGAGCGCACAGACAGACAGACACUGUCUGCUGUCAUAGAAAAGACUGUCUUACCCAAAAUAACAGCCUAUGUGGAGCUGGUGUGGGAUCCUUUGUCCAGUCAUCAAUCAGUUAGUCUAUCUGAUGUUUGUCACGGACUGAAGGAGGACUAUUCCAUCUUUGAAGGGCAGCAAAGUAAACCUGUUAAGGCAUUGACAGAGGCUGUGAUUGGCCGGCUGAGGAGCUGUGUAGACGAAGAUGUCUUCAUCCCUCUGUACCCCAAAAAGUUUCUCGAAGACCGGCUGUCUCCUCAGUCUCGCUUCAGGGAUCAGCAGUUCUGGAUGUCAAUAAAACUACUAGGUAACAUGGGAAAAUGGGAUGUGCUGCUUCCUGAGUCUGUGUUAAAGGAGCUGAUGUUGGACAAACUUCUGAACCGAUACCUGAUGAUCACUCUGUGCAGUCAGACACUGCCCAAGAAUGCUGUCCAUGCAUGCAGAAAGAUAGCAGAUAGUCUGCCACUCGCAUGGCUCAAAGGACAGACCGUCUGUUUGCCUCAGCUCCAGAACUUUAGAAACCACUUAGUUCAGACAGUUCAUAACAUAUGCAAACAGCAGUCUCCCAAAGACCCACACACUAGGUCUGCUGUGGUUGAAGUGCUGCAGAUUUUGAGCAGAAUUCGGUGCAAUGACUCCAUCAUGGCCAUAGCAGAGAAAUACCACUAUGAAGAUGUUAUCUAUGCUCACCAGCUGCUGAACCAAGAGACUGUGUAAACGACAAACAUUGUGGAAUAGGAAGAUCAAAUAACGAAUAUGGUACACUGUCUGUUUGAAAGCAAUGAUACAGUAUUGUACUGCAGGAGGGGAACAGGGUGGGUUUUGCCUUGUGUAAAUGGUAAUUUAACUGGAUCACAUGUGGGAAGGAAAAUGCCAAGAGAUAUGAGGGCAAUGAUGUCAUGUUAUCAUGAACAGUCACUGUUUGUCAGACCAACACUUUUAUCCAAAAUACAGAAUGAAAACAAUGACUAUGUAAAAAAUAGUGUGUCUGAGGUGGUGUUAUAUGGCAGCAGUAGAAAUUAAUUUCUUAUCCCAGGAAACUGCCACAAAGAAUUCACCUUCCUGCUAUUUUUAGUCGCGAUUGUUUGCUGUUUUUGUACGGGACAUAAGUGUAUUUUAAUGAAUAAAUAUUUGAAUUUUGUUAAUUUA